UGGGCUAUUUAUUGUUCGGCCGUUUUUUGGUAUUUUGGCCGUUUUUUUUUUUAUCGGUAAAGUUGGAAAAAAAAAAUCGGCCGAUUUUGCCGAUCGGCCGAUUUUCACGGCAAUGAUGGGCAAAUCGGCCGAUUUUUUACCGAUAAAAAAUCUGCACAUGAGCAGUGACCUGCAAGAGGAAGACAAAAAGAAGAAAAAAAGAAGAAGAAGAAGAUGAUGAUGAUGAAGAAGAAGAAGAGGAUGAUGAUGAUGAUGAUGAUGAAGAAGAAGAAAAGGAUGAUGAUGAAGAAGAAGAAGAAGAGGAUGAUGAUGAUGAAGAAAAAGAAGAGGAUGAUGAUGAAGAAGAAGAAGAGGAUGAUGAUGAAGAAGAGGAAGACGAAGAAG